GUUUACUUUUCGACUUCCUUCAUUGGCUGAACGGCAUUUUCUUCACUUGAAAUCUGUGACGAGCAGUCUACUGCUUCAUGUGUGAGGCUUUUGAAGGAUUAACAUGCAAAUUGGCUAAAACUCGUAGGUGUUUAAAACAACAACAUCGCAUACGUGGUCUUUUUCUUGAGAACAACUGCAGGAUGAGAGAGUGGUGGAUCCAGGUUGGGCUUCUGACAGUGCCACUUAUUGCUGUCUAUCUCCACAUACCACCACCUUUACUCUCCCCAGCACUUAAUUCCUGGAGAAAUUCUGGAGCUUUCUUUCGAUUCAAAGGAAAUAAUAUUUUUUAUAGAGAUUCUCCAGGUGCAGUUGGAAGUUCUGAUGCAGUAUUACUUUUACAUGGUUUUCCAACUUCAAGUUAUGACUGGUUCAAGGUAUGGGAUGGUCUGAUCCAGAGAUUUAAUAGAGUCAUUGCACUGGAUUUCCUUGGCUUUGGUUUUAGUGAUAAGCCUAGGCCGCAUCGUUAUUCAAUAUUUGAGCAAGCAAACAUUGUGGAAAGCCUGAUUGAUCACUUAGGCCUGAGAAACCAAAAAAUAAAUAUUCUUUCUCAUGAUUAUGGAGAUACAGUUGCACUGGAAUUACUCUUCAGCAUGAGACUGUUGAUACAGGUUGACCACAAUUCAUCAAGCCACUUAAUGAUUAAAAGCCUGUGCUUGUCAAACGGAGGUAUUUUUCCUGAAACUCAUUAUCCCAGAUUCUUACAAAAGCUUCUCAAAGAUAGUGGUUUUCUCUCUCCUUUAUUAACCAGGCUUAUGAAUUUUGUCCUUUUCAAAAAAGGGAUUGGUGCUGUAUUUGGUCCCUACACACAACCUACAGAUGAGGACUUCUGGGAUAUGUGGACAGGGAUUCGAGUCAAUGAUGGAAACCUUGUAAUGGACAGUAUUUUACAGUAUAUUAAUCAAAGACUCAAGUAUAGAGACCGAUGGGUUGGGGCUCUUACUAAUACUGCAGUACCACUGCAUUUCAUUUACGGACCAUUAGAUCCUGUGAAUCCUCACCCUGAAUUCAUUACUCGUUAUCAGGAGAUUGUUCAGCGUUCUACUGUAUCAGUCCUUGAUAAUCAUAUAAGUCACUACCCACAGCUGGAAGACCCUACCGGCUUUCUGAAGUCUUAUCUUAAUUUCAUUAACUCUUUUUAGAACUGUCUCAUUUAUGCUAACAUGUUUCAGAUGAAACAGAGAAAUUAUUAUUUAUUUAUGGUAUGGUGCGAUUAAGAUUAUUACAGAAGAGAUUUAUACUCAAGUGAAAUAUUUUUAUAACGUGUAAUUUUCAUUAGUUCUAUUUUAUUUCUACUCAUUCGUGAAAUACUCUGUUUAAACAAAUGUAAAUGCAAUAAUGCUCCAGUCAUUCUUCAAACACACUAAAUGUAGUAAUUUUUAUUUUGUUAGAUUUUACAAAGUGUUAAAGAAAGCCUAGAACUAUUUUAAGCUUCCUCAUUGUGAGGAGUGGUGCUAUCUGAUGACUAUAUUUAAUUUUUUCAAAUGAUAAUGAUUUUUCAUAAAAACAUAUCUGCUUCUGUGAUAGUGACAUAAAUAGAAAAAAGCGAGCACAGCAUUUAUAUUUACACAGACAUACAGCUGUAUGCAAAAGUUUUGCAGACCUUUAAUCUAACUGCAUGCCACUCAAAAUCCUUAUGUAAAAGUAGAUAACACGUUCCCUUUAAACUAACACUGGCAUAUUUUAAUUUAUUUCCUGAAUUUAAAGAUUGGCAAUAGCAAAAACAGUAAAUAUGGAAAACAAAGAAGUUUAGGAAUCAUGUCAGUCAGUACUUAGCUUUGGCUUUAAGAAAUUGUAGCCAAAGGAGUGUAAUUUCUUGGUUUGUGGUUUUUCCCCACAGAUUCAAUAGCAAGUCUGUUGACACUAAAGGCAUUUCAGAACCUUCAUCUUUUGUUCCUUAAGUACUUGUCAGUUGGUUUUUUGGUCUGCUUUGUAUUGCUGAAAUCUCAUCUAUCUUUUCUAUUUCAUUGACUCUGGGACAAUAGCUUCUGGAAUGUGUCGAUAUUUAGUUGAAUCCUUUCUUCCAUCCACACCAGGGAGGUAUUACACAAAGUGCGGUUAUGAAAUAGAGAAUUAGCUAAGUGAACCUCACGAGAGUAAUUUGUUUUCCAAUCAAAGCUCACUCAUUUCAGUGAACACAAAAUGUUCAUUAACUCAAGAUUGACAAUCCACCAUUAUGUUCACAAUUGUGAAAUUUAUGCAGUCCCUAGAACUGAUCUUCAGUAACAUCCGUCCGUUUGUCUGUCCAGGAUUUUAAAUCACCUGUAGCUUGCAAACCAUUUGAACUAUUGACCUGAAAUUUGGUA